GUUCGCAAAUGAAGGACGGAUUAUUCUAUUUUCCUUAUUAAAAAUACAGAAAUACGCUUUUGUAUUUGAUAUGGUGUCCAAAAAAUAAUUGAAAUUCGUUAGUUUUUUCUUUAUCCAACAGAUGGAAAGUAAUCUUUCUUUACUUUCCACAAAUGAUCGCCAUGUCUGUUGAUCGACAGUCUGUUUACCUUGUUUCACACACCACCACCACUACCACAACACAAGGGUUGGUUUUACCCCCCUUUGCGGGUAGCAGGGUUAAAAAGGGGAAGGUGGUGUAAAUCCUGAAAGAAGACAAAGUUGGCAUCGUAAUCGGAGAGUAUUUCGUGAAGUUGGCACAUAUUGUGUAAAGAGCUCCGAGAGUGAGAGUGCAUCAUGUCAGAUGAAGAGUUCUUCCGUGAAAUAAGGGAAACAAUGAUCGACGAUACGCGCAAAAUGUUGGAAAAUGCUGGCUCAUCGAGUGGCAGGAAGGGAUUAGCGAAAGAUAGCAGCAAAAAUACCUCCACCUCCACCACCCCGCGGAAAGUGGAGAGCGUGUCGAACGGAGAAACGGAAAGCGGUACGGCGAAAGCAGUGCUGAGUGAACCACUUAGCGCACUGGACGGUAAAUCGAAACACGUAAAACCAUCUUCUACCUCGUCACACUUACCCCAUACGAGGGCGGAAAAGACGUCGGACAGGGGCGGUAAGAAAAGGGAACCCAAGUGGAAUCUGGCGGAAAUGAAUCAAGGUUCGGAAAUGGGGGAUACCAACACUACUGCUACAGCGAAUGCAGAAUCGACUGAAAAGGCGACGAUGGAACUGGUUACCCUGCAGCUUGAGCCCAGUGGCGAGCGGAAGAAGCCACCGGUGGCGGCUCCAAACAAUGCAACAGUGAGCAACAGUGAUGCGGCCGAGUCUGAUGACGAUGAUUCACCUCCGCCAGUCGGGGUGCCGGAGGAAGCAACGGACAAGGACCGAACGAAAGCUAGAAAGUUGAAAAAGGAAAUGAAGCGCAAGGUAAAGGAAGCGACCAAGCUGCAGGAGCUGAAUAAGAAGAAGCAGGGCAAGGAUGGUCCAGGCAAGGAUCAGUUAUCGCAGCUGACCAGACAGAUCCAAUCGAUACAGGCACAGAUAGAGAAUUUGAAGAAGGCAGCCAGACUGGAUAACGCACCAGGUGCAGGCAGACGGGAUAAAACAAGAGAGAAUCCACUGAAAGCAGCACGAUCCGUAUCGGAAUCGAGCAGCAGAAAGGAAACGAAACGAAAGGACAAGCCACAACCCGCACCAAGUACGAGCAAUGCAGUCACGAGCGUAUCGGUGGUCGGUGGCGAUGAGUUGCCACGGGAGCAUCGACUGCUCGUUCAGUUGUUUAUGCUUAGCUCCAACCAGCGGAAAAAGUUCCUCGAGCGGCAGGGAAUGGAGCUCGGCCUACUUACUCCCCAUCCGCACAAGAAGCACGUUGUGUUGGUCAACAAGGACAUUCAGCAUGUGGCCGAAGGGUUAGCUACGCAGGCCAGGCAGUAUCUUGCCGAAUGUAGAGAAGCUGCACUGCCGGCAGCAUCGAAAAAGCAACAUAAAGACCCAUCCCUCCAGGGAGCCACUGCCAACUCCAGCCACGACAGUAGCAACUUGAAACCGAAACGAUAUAGCAGAGGAACGUACGAGGAGCAGGUCACUUACCUGCUGAACGAUGGCAAUGUACGCUCGGAGGAGGACUACGACCCGCGCCUUAUCCUUCUAGACAUCCGGGACAAAGCGAAGGAAAUCAUUCAGGAACGGUUGGACACAUUCGUGCAAGGGUUGGUGACACUGAAUGUCGGCUACGUCAUCGAGGGCUUUGUGCGCAUCAACGCUCGCAACAAUAUGCAAUCGUUCGUGGAUGAUGCAUCGCAGGUGGGCAACGUUUACAUCAAUUCCAUUCUGCUGCGCCGCUGCGCCAUGGAAGGUGAUCGAGUGCGGGUGUUUGUGAUGCCUCAGGCACCAUCGGAUGAUUCCGCCACCAGUCCAAAGGCAAAUGGAAACGAUGAGUCGGCGGAAGAGGACGCAGUGCAGCAGGCAGGGGGGAAAACUACGCAAAACAGUGUCGGCUUCGUAGUGGCAAUUUUGGAGAAGCGGCACAACCGGCAGUGCGUUGGCAAGUUCCUUGCAGCGGCACCGGGUAAGAAACAUUAUCGCGUGUUCAUGCCAAGGGACAUGCGCAUACCACCGGUGCGUGUGUUUAAGCAGGACUGGCCAAACGCACUGCUGAGCACAAACAUCGCCAAGCUGAAGGACGAUAAGGAGGAGAAGGAAGAUCGCAAGGUGCCGCAAACGAGCGACGUGGAUGUAACGGACGUCCUGUACCAAGCAGAAAUCAUCGAGUGGCAGGAUGAGGUCCCGAUCGGCACGAUACUGAAAUCGAUCGGCAAGUGUGGCGUGCUAGAGGUGGAAAAUGAAUCCAUCCUCGUCGAGCACAACCUGGACGUGACGCCGUACGGGGAAGCCAUUCUGGCACAGCUGCCGGCCGUUCCGUACUGCAUACCGCAGGAGGAACUCGAGCGGCGGGAAGAUCUGCGCGGGGAGUGCAUCUUCACGAUCGAUCCGGCGACGGCACGCGAUCUGGAUGAUGCGCUGAGCUGCAAGCAGCUCGAGAAUGGCAAUUAUCAAAUCGGGGUGCACAUAUCGGACGUAACGUACUUCCUGCGGGAAAGCUCUCCGCUGGACGAGCUGGUAAAGCUGAGGGCCACCUCCAUCUACAUGGUGGACACGGUGUACCACAUGCUGCCGAAGCAGCUGUGCAACACGUGCUCUCUACUGCCCGGAGAAGAUAAGCUGGCCUUUUCCGUGUUCUGGGAGAUGCAGCCCGAUGGGACGGUGCUGAGUACGCGCUUCGCUCGCACCGUCAUCAACUCGUGCUCGCAGCUCUCCUACGAACACGCGCAGCUAAUGCUGGACAAUCCGAGCUGUGAGGUGGAGGAGGAUCAGUUCCCGGAAAUUAUGCACGGCUACAACGCCAAACAGCUGUGCAAGAUUGUCAAUACGCUGCAAUCGAUCGCGGUGCAGCUGCGCCAGCGGCGCAUGGACGAUGGGUGUCUGAAGAUUAAUCAGCCCAAACUCACCUUCCGCCUCGAUCCUGCCACCGGUCGGCCGAUCGAGUACGGUGUGUACAAGGUGCGCCCGAGCAAUGAGAUGAUUGAAGAUUUCAUGCUGCUUGCCAACACUUCCGUUGCGAAUGCGAUCUACAAGGCAUUCCCGGAAAUUUCGCUACUGCGCGCCCACAGCCCGCCGGCCGAGAACAUGAUGAAGAAUCUCGUCCGCACGCUGUCCCUGCAUGGGCACGCCCUAUCGUACGCCAGUCCGAAGGACAUCCGGGAGUGUAUGGAAACGAUCAUCAGUACGUCGGAGAACCCGGACGCUACCCGGAGCGUGCUGAGUGUGCUGCUCGCCAAACCGAUGAUCCGGGCACAGUACUACUGUUCGCUGUAUGCGACCACGCCCGAGCACUUUAUGCAUUACGCGUUGGCCAUACCGAUGUACACGCACUUUACCAGCCCCAUCCGACGGUACGCCGAUUGUCUGGUGCAUCGAGUGCUGGCCGCCGCGCUAGCGAUCGAUGUGCAGCCGAAACGGUCGCCCGAGGAGCUGCAGUGUCUGGCCAUGAUUUGCAACGAGAAAAAGUACAACGCCAAGUGUGCGGGCGAGGCAAGUUCGCUGCUGUACUUCCGCCACUGGUUGGAGGCUGUGGGAGAUUACGAAACGGAGGCUGCCGUUAUGGGAUAUGCCGCCCAUCAUAUCGAGCUGGUGCUGAUACACUCCGGCAUUGUGCUGAAAGCUGCCACUAAGAAACUGUCCACCGUUGCCACGGUCGUGUAUAAACCGACCGAACCGGUCGCGAGCUGCAUGCUAAUUCCGAACGAUACCUCCAUACCACCGGUCGAGUUGACAAUCUUUACCAAGGUUCGUGUCACGGUAAAGGUCAUAAAGGAUACGAUCAUCGUAUGUUCAGUUCUUCCCAUCGCAACGAAGGAACAAUCCGCUUCAACGGUGGCGCAAACCGUUGAGCAAUCGGUGACUGAUUUAAGCGAGGAAAUGAAAUCCGCUCGCAUCUACUAGAACGAUCUUAAGUGUUUGCAUUUGCAUCACAGCAUAGAACGUUACGUUUCCCCCUGUGCAACGGAUACUCUUUUUUCGUUCAAUUUUUCACGUAGUUUUACUUUAAUUUAACGUACCAUUGUGUCUAUAAAAACGCGCAUUUGGGCACCAUUUUAGGGAGUUUACCAGCCCUACGAGACGCACAAAUAAUUGUGUAAAGUAAAUGUUUUUUUUUUUUAUUUGUAAGCUUGCAAUUAGGGCCGCGGUUACUUUGUACAGACGAUGUACUCUGUACGACUUAAUAGUAAGACUGCUGUCCGAGUUCACACCACUCAUGUGAUCCUUCCAACACGUUUGGAUCACUUAUCGGCGGCUUUGGGUACAAAACGUAACGUGUCGCAAAUAGCCGUAUCGAGUCAGAAUAGGUUUUAGAUAAAAAAAAAGAAAAAAAAAUCAAAUAUUUUAAUAAUAACGUAUCUGCACGCAAAUAC